AUGGACAGCUACUAUGAACAAUGGUUUUUAACUUAUGAACAUUUUUAUUUUAUAAUUAAGACGUCCAUAAAGCUUGUAGGACCUUCUUUUUUUUCUUUUAUAUUUUUAUGACACUUUUAUCAAAUCAUUUUUUCCCAGUUUUUUUUUGUGCAAAUUAUUGUAUAAUUGUUACUAGAAAUUUUGGCCCAGCCAAAGCUUUUACUUUUUACUCUGGCCAUCCAGACGUUUGUACUGCCAUAAUAAUAAUAAUGAUGACUAACAUUUCUAUAGCGCCUAUAAAAGUUGUUCUAAGCUCUUUACAAUUCUCAACCAAUGAAAUAAAAAUAAAUAUAUUAAAUAAAUAAUUAAAACUGACAAACAAAACUUAAUUAAAAUAUGCCUUAAAAAGGUGUGUUUUUAGCUUAGCCUUAGACCCUCUAUGACGCGUAAUUCAGAUGGAAGUGCGUUCCACAGCUUGGGACCACAAACAGAAAAGGAAGUCAGUCCAUACGACUUCAUAUCACACAGAGGCAGGUUCAGUCUGCAAAUGAGUCUAAUCGCAUCAGUUGAGGAGCACAGUGAUCUAUUAGGCUUGUAAACGUCCAGUAAUUCUUGUAAAUACUUAGGGGCUAAGUACUACGGGUCUUGGUGAAAACUUGUGCAAAAACCUAGUAAUUAGUUAGAAAAAAGAAAAAAAGAACAGGGGGGGGGGGGGGAAAAAAAAAAAAGAAAAGAAAUGGGUAAAGGGGGGGGGGAAUUUUUUUUUAAAAAAACUUUUGGAAAAUUUUGCCCCCUGUUAUUGCCCAAAAUUUUAAAGGGUUUAUUUUUUUUCUUGGGAACAAAGCCCCAAACAGAAAGGGAAAAAAAUGAAUAAAAUUCAUUUGUCUCUACUUUUGUCCUUUUUAACACAAAAAAAACAUAUUUGUGUUUUUUACAAUGUAGAAUUUGAGUGGUGCAAAAAGCCGAUAAAUGGUGAAAAUAUCUAAGGGACAAGUACUAGCGAUUCUAGAAAAAACAUGGGAAAAAAGCGAAUAAUUAAGAAGAAAAAAAAAAAAAAGGACAGGGGGGGGGGGGUAAAAGAAAAAGUGAAAGGUCAUGGUUAAAGGGACAGUGAACUUUUUUGUACAAAAACUAUCUGAAAAAUUUUGCCCCCUGUUCAUGCCCAAACUUUGAAGGCUUUAAUUUUGUCAUUUGGAACAAAAGCCAGAUAGAGAACUGAAUACAAAUGAAUAAGUUCAGUUUGCUCAUGCUUUGUCCCUUUUAACUGAAAAAAAUACCACUUUGGGUUUUUGACAGAUUACAAAGCAGACUCAGAAUUUAGAGUAGAAAGCACUUAUAUCAUAUUUACUGUUUGUAGGGGUUCCGUUUUAUCUUUAAAAUUUGGUUAAAAUAUUAUUAUCCAUUAUUUCAAGCUCAUUGUCAUACAAAAGCAUACCCAAGAACAAAGGGAAAGAUCUUUCACAAAAGGGUUGGGUUGAACAAGAACACGUAUUUAAAGAAAAAGGUGCUGUAUUUCAGGCCGAUGUCCAAAUUUUAACUUUUGCAUUCUACAUCUCUUUAUGGCCCAGUCGUGUUAGCUGUUUGUUUGCUUACUUGUUCUUAUUUUAUUUCAAUUUAAUAGAGAGAGAAGGAUGUUAAAACUCACCGAAGGCGGCUGGAAAAGAAAUGGAGAGAGGAAAUUAGCCAACUAGACCAGCUACGAGAGCAAGAGGGACAUGGCAAAAUGGAAUUAGGUGUUGGCCAUGCACUUGCUCUGGGUCCACCAACGGAUGACAAUCAACCAGGUUAAAACAGCUACAGUAACUACAUUAUUACAAGGCUCAUAGCCAUCAGCCAGACAUUUUUAGCUGUAACUAAAUAAAAAUUAUUAUUUAAGUUAUUCUAAGAAAACUGUGAUCACCAGAAAUACUUCUGGAAUGUCACUAUUUCAAAAGAAGUCACGUUAAAACGUUUGGCAUACAUGUUAUAUUUGAGUUAAUACCCUGCAAACUGCCUCCUGCUCACAGGGAAAGACAAGGUUUACACAAGAGUGUGAUUCACAUGUUUUGUUCCCGGCGAUCCUCAUCAUGGUUACGUUGUUACAUAUGAGGCACCGACAAGUCAUGUAAAGGAAACUCAAAGUUCUUUUUCAUACACACACUGUAUUUCACUAACUAGUGAGUAGAACCCCGGUAACUCGAACCUCUGAUAACUCUCCGCUAAGUCUCAUUUCCCUUGGAGUUGACCCCACUUUUCACCUAUUUUACUCGGUUCGAGCUGGAACAAGUCGAAUUCCUCGCCAACUCGAACUAAAUCUCGUUUCCCUUUAUCGUAAUAUACCCCAGUAACUAGAAUUCUGGUUCUUGCAACUCACCACGGACACCACCCCAUUAGUUCUUCUUGUCGUAAAAAUCUGUUAAACUUCUUAAACUUGCAGUACAGCAGUUUGAUUUUAAUUUGUGCAAAGAACAGAUCAAGUAUUUGAUAGUCACUUUCGAACGUUAUGAGUGAUACCAACUUAUCAGAAUAAGAAUACCUUAUCGUGUUAAAGUUUCUCGAUCGACCCCAAUAACUCGAGACACAACUAUUUCGAACUGUUUUUUGUUUCCCUUCAGAGUUCGAGUUACCAAGGUUGUACUGUACGCCGAACGGUUGGUUUUUUCACGAGUUAGCCUGAGAAAGCAGCCGACACUUAGUGACGCCGACGCCACCGUUCACCGCGAAAUGACGUCUUAGGAACUAGCGCUAGAAAUUCCAUACUAAUGACAUGUCAGUACAUGGGACAGCACUACUCAGAUUUGUCCGAGCUUGGUCGUGACACGGCAUUAUAUCACAUGAAAAUUGUGGCUCUCGUUCCUUAGACGUCAUUUCGCGGAAAACGGUGACGUCACGAAAUGUUAGCUGUUUUACAUGUGAGCCCCGCUUAAGCUUUGUGAUCGUCAACCAGGUUACUUCGAUUAGUGGCUAUGACAAUCAUACAGAUUUAAAUACAACUAUAGUAAUGGUGUAUUGAAUGUUAUGAUUCCAUUCACAUCUGAUGCACGCAUCAGGUUUUCAAAUUGAUCUUCUUACAGCUGAACAAAUAUAGUGAAAGAACAGACAAAAAAAUCCUCCCAAUGAGGACUAAAAUGAAUAUAAAAUGAGCUUAAAUUAACGUGAUUUGAUCACUUUUUAUUAAAGGAAUGUCUCUUCCAGGUAAUCAUUUAAAUUGUUUUUGUUUUUACAGAUGAUAUUGAAUCAGUGCCAGUCACGCCAUUAUUUGCUACUCAGCCUCUCUCUCAUGAUCACCUGCCCUCACCAUCAGAUCGAGGUAACACAGAAAAGGUUUAUUGUAUUGAUGCAUUUUUAUCUGAAUUUUGAUCUGACAUUUGUUUAAGACCUCAGGCUUCAAUCCGCUUAUAAGUAGACCAUCUGCAAAAUCUAAGGAAACAAUGUGUGGAAUGUAGCCGUUAGGAGAUUCUUGCAUACUUUUUAGCUAAGUAUGCUAGUUAGCUAAGCUGCUUGGGGGGAGAGAGUCUCGUCUAGAGUUUCUGCACUACAAGUGAUAUUAUUUUUGGUCAGCUUCUCAGGCAAAAUUCCUAAAGGGAAGUGAUGUGUGGGGUGUAUCUGCACAUUUUUCCCAAACGUACUCCAUGUUAAUUUCGUCACUAUAAAUCAGGUCAGGUAUUUGACACGUUGUAAGGCUCCAAGGUAGAACUUUAGGCAGGAAAAAUCGUUCUGGGUUGAGGCAUCUGACGACAAUUGUUCUGACUGAUUGGUGAUCUCACAAUUAUUAGAAAUUAGUAAUGUUCCAUUGGCCCAACACCAGCCUUACACGGGACGCUUUUCCGUGUUAUACUUUUAAACAAGGUAGGUGAGAGCAAAGCCAGUUGCGAGGAAACUCUCGACGUGUGUGUGAAUGUGCAUGCUUAGAUUUGACUGAGUUCGGCAUUAGCAGUCAUGUUAGUAGUCUUGAAUACAGACUGGUGUUAGCCUGUGUACAGCCGCCUCCUCCCCUCAACCAAAAGGCGUUGAGAGUGUUUCUCCCUGUUUUUGUUUGAGGGGAGGGUACUGAUAUUUUCUCUUCCUAGGGAUCAGUUCCAGCUGUGAUUCUUGGGCUGAACAAGAUAUCGAUGAUGUGGAAAGCAAAAACUCUAAAAAAUCACGCGGGAGAAAAGGGAGCAAACAUUCCAAAACAAAGGGAAAAGAACAGAAUUUUGUCAAGCGAAAUAUUGAGGUAGCGUUCGUUUCGAUGUCUAUUAACAGAAUGAAGCAGAAACAAUUGAAUUAGGGUAAAACCCACCAGUCACAUUCGCUAAUUAUAUUUUGAGAGAUAUUUGACAGGAAUGUAAAAUGCUGCUAUGAGUGGAUUUUUAUAUUCAUGUUUUUGUUUUUGUUUUAGCUGGCUGCUGAUGCUGGGAAUAUGAUUCCCAUGACAGAAGCGGAGAAGAAACGUUUGGAGCAACUUUUGUCCGAUGAAACAGAUUUAUUGAUGGUGGAGGUAACCUUUUUUUGUUAACUCUGAUAACGUAGAUGUUAAGACCUGGACUGGCUUUUCUGUCCUUCCAAUCUCGCUUUAUGUUGUUAUUUUUACGUUUUGAGUGCCCUACGAGUAGGGGCUUCUCCAUGCUCGACGCUACGCUACGAAGGAAGAGGAACCACUGCGAGUGACUGUUUGCUUCUUUGAUCGAGUCGUCGUCCAGCACCAUGGACGAGUAAAUUAAAAAACAAGUUAAGGCUGUCGCCAUUUGCUUAAGCUACGUGCAAACGGACGCAACAACUCUUAACAAUUUGUGUAUCGUGAGAGGAAACAAGACUUUGGAGACCACGUGGCCCCAACAAUGUUGGAAGAGCUGUGCAAAAGGAUGCAACAGUGUUGUGCUAAUGUUUACGCUAAUUUAAUACUCGAAAGAACGUCGAUUUAGAGUUUUUCAAACUUUGCCUGAUUCCUGAAAAAAUAAAAAGCUGUUACAAGUUUAACGUGAUUUUUGAAAUUAGUUUACUGUAGAGAUUAUUUGGGCAAAAUAUGAAGAAAUUAAAAAAUUCACGACUUUCAACCGAUUUACGAAAAUUACACACAUUGGCUCUUAAGUGCGAUUGACGAGAAGUUAAUUACCGCUGUUGUUUUUCUUGAUAUGAGCAAGGCUUUCGAUACAGUAAAUCAUGGAAUUUUGCUAAAUAAACUACUGGAUAUUGGAAUCUCGCCAUCAAUUGUUGCUUGGGUCACCAGCUAUCUCCGACAAACGACAAGUUGUGCGUAUAAAUGCUGAGUUGUCUGAUCCUCUACCCGUCGUAUCAGGCGUGGCACAAAGAAGCAUUCUUGGACCUAUUUUGUUUAGUAUUUAUGUAAACGCUUUAUCACUUGCCCUCGGUCCUGUCUUACCGAAAGUUACGUUGAUGACACAAAACUUUGCAUUUCUUUCCCAGCCUAUGACUGGACUAAGGCUGAUGCUGAUUUGAACGUUGACCUCCGACAUAUUCGAAACUGGUAUUUCGAAAAUCGUCUUCUCUUGAAUCCUGACAAAACUAAGCUUACUGUUUAUGGAAGUCGACAAAGGUUACAAAAUCUCCCGGAUAUUCGUCUCUCUUUCUUACGAAAAAAACUAAUACUGGCGCUCGUUGUCAAAGAUCUAGGCGUGACUUUUGACUCGAGCCUUACUUUUCACGAGCAUGUUGUUAGAACAGUUUCUUCCUGCUUCUCAAGUUUAGCUCAAAUUAAUCGUGUUAAGCACGUGUUUGACAGAUCGGUUUUAACCACAAUAAUUGAUACUUUAGUGUUAAGUAAGUUGUUUUAUUGCUCUUCCGUCUGGUCUAAUGCAGCGGACAGUAGCCUCCUCAAGCUCCAAGCGGUCCAGAACUUUGCAGCCCGGAUUAUCAGUGGUUCCAGAAAAUUGACCACGUUACUCCGCUUCUGAAAGAACCGUGAACUGCACUGGCUAUCUAUUAAAUCUCAGCUAUAUCUCCGUGACGCCGUGCUUGCUUUUAAGUGUAUGACUGGCUCCGCUCCCACUUCCCUGUCAUCGAAUUUUCUAACACGUGGUGAGGUAAGGGGUCGCACGACUAGAAGCUCCCAACUUCUACAUAUAUCCUUAUAGAAAACUAAAUCCGGACAAAGGACAUUCUUUUACCUUAAGUCUGCGGAACAGUUUAGAUAUUCCCUUAAACUCUGUAACUCUGCUUGUGAUUUUAAGCGUAAACUUAGAGCUGUAAUUCUAUUGAAUAUUUAUUAACUUUUUAGCUUUCUUAAUUUUUCUAUAAAACAUUUUAUUACUGUAAUUUUGUAAUGUUUAGAUUUACUCCCCUUUUGACGUAUUAUCAUUGUCACUGAAAAGCCCUCUUUAAAUGGUUGUAUCUUGCUAGCAAACUUUAAAUUUGAAAAUCUGCUCUAUGAAUGAGAGGUUUUGACCGAUCACUUAUUAAUAAAAUCACAGAGUGCUGUCGUCUAUUCUUUCCGCAAACUUGGACACAAAAUUACGAUUUCCCAAUUUGAUACAACUGUGGCUUAUAGCAUUGACUUAAAGCGCGAUCUACGAAAUAAACAACAACCCUCCUAAACUUAAAAUACUGAACUACCUGCUAGAGUUAUUGAUCGCAUCUAAACCGCAAGGAAAGUUUUUUGGAAAUGGUUAUUGACACAGUGAUUGUAUUUUUCUGAUUUAUAUAAUUCUUAAUGUUGUAUAAUGCUUUUAAAUUGUUACUUCAAAUGUUUCUGUAAAAGUGUGUACAUAUUUUCAAAGUUGAAUAAAAUUAUUAUUUUAUCAUUAAACAAUGUCUCUGUAAAAUUUAAUCUAAUCCCUAAUGUUUCCUGCAAAUCAAGAGGAGGUUAUCUCAUUUCACGUUUUGACGUAGGCUUCACGUGGUUGGCAUACUCGAUGGAAAUGCGACCGUUCGCUCGCAGUGGUUGCUGUCCCUUCGUAGCGUGUCGUCCGGCCUGAACUGAGAAACCACUGCUCACAGGGUACGUUUUGAGCAGAAUGUGAAAAACCAAAAAUGCAAACGUUAUCUUUGUUCAUGAUCUGUUAGGCUUAGUUUACACCAAUGAGGCAAACAUCAACAGAACCAACAUAGCAGACUCGGCACAGACCUGCAGAUCCUGCUUGCCUUUUGUUACGUUUUUUCAAGAAGCAAAAAGACUCUCAUUAUCCCGUUGCUACGUCAGUGUGUUUCUUGUGUCGAAUGUGUAGACUGGGACUUACGCCUUAAUCGAUCCUGAGUCUGUUAUCUGUGAUUAAGUGGUCAUCUGAAAACCAGUAGAGUCUUCGCCUUUUGUUAAUAAUGACAAUUGUUUUUAUCAGAAUGCCUAUUCCGAAGACGGCUUAUCUCUUCCUGCUGGUGAAGGAUUUACGCUGGACAGUGAAUCAGUUACCUCGCUUGCUAAUAUUGACCGGUAAGGGUUUCUUUUUUUUCUCCUGAAUACCGAAAGGGUAUUUCACGAAGUUAUCGCUGUGGAUUGAGAUAUGCAAAUAAGUCCGCAGUAGUCACUCAGCGUAGACGAUCUUCGGCUCGCUCCGAAGUUCCCCGAUAUGAACACGACAUAUCGUCGCUGGUAGUGCCGAAGUGUACUUUGGGCAACAUUGGGCAUGCAUUGACUCACGCCACCUCGGGAGUGAGGAAAACAUCAACACUCGGUGUUGAUUUUAUAAGUUCUGAGAGUCGUGUAUUUACAUUGUACGCAUUGUAUCUCGAUCAUAAGCACUUCUGGGACGGUUUAAAUUUCCAGUAACAUGACAAGGGAAGAACGUUGUCGAUAAAUCGCGCUAUUAACGUCAUUAACGUGGUUUAUUUUGCUUAUUUUUGUGUACCCCAAACUUACAGCCUGCGCCAAAAAGUCGUCUUCAAAGGCAUUUUACGCAGAAAAUCCACGCAGCAUUUUGUCACAGAAAAAUGUUAGUGUUGGUCUAAGCCUAGAGAAAAAUUUUUUCUACGAAACAAGCAGCCGCCCGUUUAUUCUCAACGGUCGUCAUUCCACAUGAUUUCACAUGGUUGCAGCCGACAUUUACAACACGCAGUCAUCACAAGUAAGUCAGACAAGAAUGGAAGUCGGUAGCCAUUAGAAAGAGACGCGUGCUAUGUAGGCUACUUUUUAUUAAUCCUACAAUUCUUCAGUAACUCUGUCAUAGUAGGUUUAUUGUAUUGUAAUUUUUUUUGUAGUAAACUCCAUGACCUUGUGCCAGAGGAAGAAAUGGAUUUAUUAACCACGGAAGAAACAUGGAAGCCUCUUAGGGACUUGGAUCAAUUGUCGGAAGAUGCUUCAAGUGUAAAAGUAGAUGCUGACACCACUGGUAAGAGAUAGCGUCAUUUGCUAUCAGUGUUUUAAAUUUUAGAACGGAAGGACAUUCUGUUUGUUCUUUUAGGGCUCGGAGAGAGAAUUCUCAGAGAAGAGAAAGAAAUGAGAGAAAUGAAAAGGAGAUUGCUUGCAAUCGAGGCUGAUCUUCAAGCUCUGUACAGAGAAAAUGGAGAAGAAUCUACUGAGGUGAGUUUAUUAACUUUAAGCAUCACUCAUGUGGAGUCACGUAUUCCCUAUUUCGCAAACGGUAUCGUCACGUUUCAACUGCUACUAAAGAGUGAUGACGUUGCCAAAGACCCUGGGCCCGAACAAGGAAAGCCCGUGUCGCAACAACCCUUACGCAAUUCGGCUCCUGUUUGCCAUCAAUGUAAUGACAAGAUUUUUCGCCACGACCAGAAAUGUUUUAUCUGCACUGUUUGUGAAGACGCGACCCACGCUCGCUGUGUUGGAGUUGUACACAUCUACCCUCUACCCAGGCUGAGGAUUGGACUUAUCCGGCCAAGUGUACCAUUUCAGUACUGCCGUUUUUUUGGUCAUGAUAUUUUAGAUUUAUCAGUGUCCAACUGCGGAAGCGGCGAUGUGUCUUACUUACUAGCCUUACAGCGCAACAACAUGAAUUUACAUGGCUCGUACAAUCUUGAAAAGGUCUUGACUUUUACCAGUUGUCUUGAAAAGUCCUUGAAUUUGGUUUAGGUCCUUGAAAAGUACUUGAUUUCUCCAUUAGGUUUUGAAAAGUCCUUCAAAUUCACACCUUGUCCACACCAGACACCUUUCUUCUGUAAAAUUAGGUUAUUUUGCUGAGGAAAAUUUGGCUUAUCCUCGGUGUAAGAACCUGUAAAACUCACAGGUAACGUAAAAACAUUUUUGUGCAUGAACAGUAUUAUAUUUCUGUUUCUCUUUUUCAAAUGCUAUUUCCGUACCUCAGAUGCAAUUGCAAGUCAUACCCAGUCAUUUUGCAAAGUCUUGUUGUGGAAAGUAGUAUAACAUAAUGUGAUCAACGAUGGUCGAAGAAGUAAAAGUGGUAAAUGAUGACUCCAUGACAUGCUUUAGCCAAUAGGUUGAUAAAAAGGAGUUAAAGAAUGUCGAUCUUAGUCCUUGAAACUGUAAUUUGUCCUUGAAAAGUCCUUAAAAUUUGUUUGUCUGAAGUUGUACGAACCAUGAUUUAAAAGUGCGUGCUUUUCCCGGACGGCGACGAGUCUCUGGCCUCAAAAGUAGGUUAUAGGAGUCAAAUCUAUUUGGCGAGAACAAAUUGAUGCUGAUUUUGACCAGGUCAGAGACUUAGCUAAAAAUUGUUUUGAAGGCGGUCCUUUCUGUGUCCUUUUCAAAACCGCUUGUCUACGUCCGGAAUCUUGAAUAAAUCGACUGCGUGAGAAAAAUUUACAUGUGAUGAUUUAUGUAGAGAAAGUUUUUCCGAGUAAUUUGAUUUCGCCCGUAUCAAGUGUGGAAAGAUUGUGCGUGGUUGUGGAUAGAAGUGAAGUUGUUGACAGAGAGAAUUCAAGUAUUUCGUUGUGCUCGUGUUACAAGAAUAUUUUGUACAUGCAUAAAAACGCUUCGUGGGUACUUAGUUUAAGUGGUUUUGUCUUAAAAAACCAAUUCUGGGCUCAAGGAAGGUGUGCUCUAGGUCUGUUUUCGGCUGUCUCGCUGUAAGCCUUUGAGAGACUGAAAGGUCAUAAUUUCUGUGCUUUUCAUAUGUUGUUGAUUUCGUUGCGAAAUUCUGUCGCUUUUGCCAAGAGAGACUUUUCGUGUGUUGCCAGCAAUUAAGGUGGCCCGACCCAGGAUUUGUUGUAGGCACACCUUCCAUCUUUGAAUCUCUUAUCCUUAAACAAAACGAUUAUGACAAAUGGAUUACACUUAGACUAAACUUUAGUAUGGUAUUGUUUUUUGGGCGAUCGGAAUAAAUGUCACGUGGCAAUGACGUCACAAUGGUUUUAGCUCUAAAUCAAAUUUCAGCCCUGUUCGGCUUUUUCUUUUGAAAUGCUUUACGCUACGUGUUCUUUGGAUAAAUGUCUUCUGCUGUGCGAAGUUUUACAAAAAUCUAUAAGAGGAAUUUCGAGAUAUCUUAAAAUUUCUAUAAAAAGGGUAUAAAUUAUGCAUGCCCUGAAGACUGGAUUUGGUACUUUUAGAUUUUUUCGAAAGGGUUUUAUCACUCAUUCGUUUUGCAAAUUACCCUUAUCUACUCUAGAAGCCGUUGAACACAAGUACACUUGCGCGAUUUCGAAACACAUGAAAACGUAUGAAUCAGGAUAAAACUCAAUGCUGAGCCUUUUUUGUAUUUUCGAAGGCUACUUUCACGGAAACAACGAUUAAAGCAAUAUUCGUCGAUAGAUUUUUUUAAAACUUUUUUGGUACAUUAAUUGAUCAGGGUACUAUUAAAUCCCCAAAUUUCGUGUCCAUUGAAAACUUCUAAAGUUGUCUAACAUGGGCGCAAAAGUGAGUAAAUAUUGAAGCGAUGUCAUGUAUUUGGCUAAGUUUUUGCUCUGAGACUUCCUAUUGUCUCGAGUUUAGCACAACAUCAAAUUCCCAUGCAGCACCCGAGAAUUUACCGCGCUUGGUUGCCCUCUUAAAUCUUUCCGAAAUAUGGUAAUGCUGUAGAAUGGGAGAAAACAAUAGCGAAUAGAUUUCAGAGGGCAAAUAAGGUUGAAUUCCUGGAAAGACAAUUUCAUGGCGAAAAGCUCUCGUUUGUCCACAAAAAGGAAUCUGAGAACUCGUUUGAACUUUCUCUUUCCACUUGUGUCUUUCAUCGGCGUAUUUUCAAUCUUGAAAAACCACCACAUGAUGUACGCGCGCCAGCCAUUUUGUUUACGGAUGACAUCUGCUAAGAUUUCAAAUUCGCCGGCUUCUUCCUCACCCCCUAUGUGGUUGCCCAUUUGACUUUUGUGGGGGAGGGGGUAUGGGCGAUUUAACUUGGGCGAGAAUUUUUUCCCCAAACCUCUGGAGUUUUUUCCCUGAGAUAUAACGGUGUAAGGUUUUUUUUUCAGCAUUGUAUACGUCAUGAGGGAAAUUUUUUUCAGUGCAGGAUAUUAUUUUUCCCAGGCAUAUCCUUGCAAGCUUUUCUCCCUCGAAAUCAGUGUACAGGGUAUUUUCUUUCUGAAAUCAACCAUAACCUCCUCAAAAGUCAAAUUAUCGGCCGCAAAAAACCACCAAACAUUGGCUAAGUAGAUAGACUCAGAUUUGCCAAUCAUUUCUAAAGCCUUUUGAAACAAUAGGGGACAAAACUCUCUAGCGGAGAGGGGAGGAAUUCGUUUCUACUUACCCCUACCCGGAGAGUCCGUACGGACGUAUGUUGACGUCAUGACCAAAUUUUCUCGGAUGAAUAGUUUACCAUUUUCUCUUAAGUAUGGGAGCUCCACGCUUGCGCGCGCGGAGGCUCCGUUGCUAUACUACUAAAAUGUGUAUUCAUUUCUCCAGGUUACCUUAUCAGGAGAAAUAUUACAGAAGCUGAUCGGGAGAAGUUCCAGAACCACCUCUCGAAGCACAACAGUAUCAGAACGCGUCAUGUCGUCUCUUUCCUCGGCCAGAACUACCACCGAUGAAACGAUCAAGCAGGAGGAAUUUCAACUUGCACCUACCUCUCCUGCAAAAAGGAGUAAAAUGAAAUCCAAUAGCAAGCACAGCUUACACACAAACCUUUUUUGUAAAGAGAACGAGACCCCUUGUGGUUCGAAUGAUGAAGAAUAUUGAAAAAAUGCCUUGGAAACUAAAUGCACUGUCGGACAUGGUUCCAAUAGUGCUGAAGGCAGUUUCAGUGCGGUUGAGUUAAGUUCUAAUUUAACCGAUUCUGGUCGGUCCAAGAAACAGACAAGUCACUGUUAAAGAGAAAGGCGACCACACAGUAGUAGAAUGUCAAAUCACGAUAAAGAAGAUGGGUACCGGACAAAGAGUGACACUGUGAAGUAUUUAUUGCUUUGUCUUGUUAGAAUGAAAAAGGAGCAAUUUUGUUAAAACCUGGAAAGGCGUCGCAAUCAAAUGCUGGAGACGAUGUCCUAAAAAAUAAAAAAUUAUGAUUGAUACUAACGUGUAGAGAUUAUGGUGCAAAAAAUCAGCACAAAGCUGCGUAAGGAAACUUUCACACAAAUAAGUUUGACAAUGGAUUGAGUUCUGUAACCGUGUUGUAACA